AUGUCAUCACUGUUUUUGAGAUUAACAAGGUUUCCUUCAAAACCCUUUUUUCCCUUUACUUUAAGGUUAUUCUCUCACUCUCACAAUGUUAAUGAUGCUAUUUACUCAUUCAAUCGAAUGCUACAAAUGCGUAAUACUCCUUCCAUUAUUGAAUUUACCAAGAUUUUAGGUUCUCUUGUUAAAACUAAGAACAAUUACUCAACUGUUAUUUCCCUUUCUCACCAAAUGGAAUUCCAUGGAAUUAGGUCUGACAUUUUCACUAUUACAAUUUUGAUCAAUUGUUACUGUCAUAUAGGUCAAAUGACUUAUGCAUUUUCUCUAUUGGGAAAGAUUCUUAAGAUGGGUUAUCAGCUGGAUGUAGUAACCGUGAAUACCCUUAUCAAUGGUCUUUGUCUUAAUAAUGAGAUUCAGAAAGCAUUGUACUUUCAUGAUGAUCUUAUCGCUAAGGGUUUUCAGCUCAACCAUGUUAGUUACGGGACAUUGAUCAAUGGGUUGUGUAAAAUGGGACAUACAACACCUGCCCUCCAACUGUUGAGAUGGCUCGAAAAAGGAUCAGUCAAGCCUGAUUUGGCAAUUUACAGUACAAUCAUUGAUAGCAUGUGCAAAGAUAAGCUUGUAGAUGAUGCUUGUGAAUUAUUUUCUGAAAUGGUUAACAAGGGAAUUUUUUCAGACGUUGUCACUUAUAGUGCUCUAAUCUAUGGUUUUUGUAUUGUGGAUAAAUUAAAAGAAGCAAUUGUUUUGUUGAACGAAAUGGUAUCGAAAAACCUCAACCCAGAUGUUUAUACCUUUAAUAUAUUGAUCGAUGCGUUUUGUAAGGAGGGAAAGAUGAAAGAAGCUAAAAGUAUGUUAAAUAUAAUGAUGAAACACGGCAUGAAACCUGAUGUAGUUACUUAUAAUACUUUAAUGGAUGGGUUCUGCCUUCGUAAUAAAGUGAAAAAGGCAAUACAUAUAUUCAACACUAUGAUCCAAAGGGGAAUGAUGCCCGAUGUUAAGAGCUACAAUAUUAUGAUCAAUGGGUUCUGUAAGAGUGAAAUGGUGGAUGAAGCCAUCAAACUCUUUAAAGAAAUGUAUUUAAAAAAUAUUAUUCCUAAUACAGUAACAUACAACACUCUUAUUGAUGGCUGGUUCAAGCAAUUUCUGGGUCUUUGUGGAAUUUGA